UCUUGUUAAAGAUGUGAUUUAUGGUUUAGAAUUUCGUUAUUUUAACAGUAAAAAGAUCUCGUUAGAAACCAAUACCUUCCCAUGAUUGAGUCACGACACGAACCAAUCCAAUCUCAAAGCAAAAAAGAUUUGAAAGUUGCGGAGUAUCGUGAUCAUAGCCACUUCAGGAGUAGUUUAUGAGUUUCCAAAUUCCAUCAGAUAAUUUCGGAUCAAACUACAGCAACUCUACAGCCAUAGCUCUGGUAAAUUCAUCUUCUAUUAUGCACUCAGUAGUAGCUACAACUAGUGAAGUAGAUCUCAUCUCAACCAAGUACGCGUUUUCCUCAACCCGAUUUUGGAACUCGAUUAAAAGGGGUUUUCCUAUAUGAUUAUUACAUCAUUUUUCUAAUGGAAGUCCCCAAAUCCCCUUCCAAAUACAAACGAAUCGCCAAUCACAAAUUGCUUAUAAAAUUCGGUUUAGUCAUUUUGGUCAUGCUGCUAUUGUUUCUGGGUUUUUAUCUCGAGUCAGAAACCGGAAAACUCAAUGCGUCGUCGUCUUACACUGUGGUCGUGGAUUGUGGAAGCACUGGGACACGGGUGAAUGUGUAUGAGUGGAUGGUAGGGGUGAAGGGAACGAGCAAAGGGAACUUGCCAGUGUUGCUGCACUCCUAUCCUGAUAACACAACCAGGAAGAGUUCACUUUGGAAAGGUUCUUGUCAAUAUCACUGUAUGCAAACUCAACCCGGGUUACACAACUUUGUUAAUGAUUCUUUAGGAGUGAGACAGGCUUUGGAACCCUUGAUUGUGUGGGCGGAGCAAGUGGUGCCGCGAGAAAUGCGCGGCAACACUCCUGCUUUUGUCUUGGCUACUGCUGGGUUGAGGGGGCUACCCAAGGAGGACGCUGAUAGGGUAUUGGGAGAUAUUGAGGCUGUUGUGAAAGGUCAUAGCUUUAUGAUGAGCAAGAGCUGGAUAAGGGUUUUGAGUGGGAAGGAGGAAGCUUAUUAUGGCUGGGUGGCUUUGAACUAUAAAAUGGGCACUUUUGAUUAUAACUAUCCCAAGUCUCCCACUUUGGGACUUGUUGAUAUUGGAGGCUCGUCAUUGCAGAUUGUGGCAGAGAUAGAUGUUGCUGGUGAUGAUGUGCAUGUGAUGAAAUCAAGGCUCGGAUCAAUGGAGCAUCGGAUUAUGGCAUAUUCAUUGCCUGCAUUUGGCCUAAAUAAAGCGUUUGAUAGGACAGUUCUUAUGCUCAGAAACAAUCAAAGUGUGGAAAGAACUGCCAGUAUCUCUGAGCUCAGACAUCCUUGUCUGGUAUCAACUUAUGUACAAAACUAUACAUGCCAUUCUUGCUCUGGAUUGGCUUCCAUUUAUGAGAAAAAUCACAGUCAACACCAGGCAAGUGAGCUUUAUUCUUUACGUCUUACUGGAGAACCUAAUUGGGAGCAAUGCAAAGAACUAGCUAUUGGUGCCGCCAUGAACUCGAGUUCUAAAGUGUCACAUCUGACAGUUAGCAAAAAUUGCCAAGCUAGUUCAUUUUCUGGUACUGGCACUGGUAUACUUAAUUUAACAGCUGUUGCACAACCAGCCAAGUUUCAUGCAUUGUCUGGUUUCUUUUUUGUCUACAGUAAGCUAGAUUUGAGCCCAAGAACCAACUUAACAAUGGUUUGGGAGUCAGGCAAACAAAUAUGUUCAAAUUUAUGGUCUGGUUUGAGCAGUGUUUCUGAUAAUCCAAAUUAUGCUGGACAAUUUUGUUUCCAGGUGGCUUAUAUGGCAUCAUUGAUUGAUUAUGGUCUCUGUCUUGGUGAUGUUGAAAUGGUAUUUGGCCCAGGUGACAUUUCGUGGACUUUAGGAGCUGCAUUGAUUGAAGGGAAAUUUUUGUGGUUAAACAGUACAAGCUACAAAGCUCAUGUUAUCAUUUCAACUUUAAAGAAUGUCAAGGUCACGUCUUCUCCUACUGUUCUAUUUGCUGUACUCGUAUUACUUUCAUUGAUUGUUUAUUGUAGUCAAAUUAAGCUACCAAUGCCAAGUAGAAGGGAUUCUGCUCCUGGCUCAUCUUUGCCAUCUUAUACUCCUGUAAGACGUCAGGGUGUGGUAUGGCGGUGGAGCAACCUUAAAGCUCCACCCACCAUUAACGUGAGAGUAAGGAACAGCAGGGAAUUGAUAGACAUGCGAACUCUGUACCCAACUGUCGCUGCUCCUCUUUCUCUUUCAAACUUUUCCCUUAGGACCAAUUUCCCUGUUCGAUGCAGUAACCUUCACUCGCAACCGCAACUGGACACGCGCAAGUUAGUUCUUUCAGUGAAGGAAAAGCUCGAAAAAGAACACCACAGCCUUCCUGUUGGAAGAAAUGGAAGGGAUGACGAAGAUAUGAUACUGUGGUUUCUCAAAGAUCGCAAGUUUUCUGUUGAAGAUGCUAUUUCCAAGUUGACUAAAACCAUUAAAUGGCGUCAAGAUUUUGAGGUGUCCAAAUUGACCGAUGAAACUGUUAAAGAUGCUGCUGAAACUGGAAAAGGAUACGUACACGACUUUCUAGAUAUUAAUGAUAGACCUGUGCUUGUGGUGGUUGGAUCAAAGCAUAUUCCUAUGGCAGUGGACCCUGCAGACGAUGAGAGGCUGUGUGUUUUCUUAAUUGAGAAGGCAUUGAGUAAGCUUCCAACUGGGAAAGAAAAAAUUCUUGGAAUAGUUGAUCUCAGAGGCUUCAGAACAGAAAAUGCUGAUCUUAAAUUCUUGACUUUCUUGUUUGAUGUAUUUUAUUAUUACUAUCCGAAGAGAUUGGAUCAAGUACUAUUUGUGGAUGCACCUUUUGUUUUUAAGCCAAUUUGGCAGCUAGCCAAACCCUUGUUAAAAUCAUAUACUUCCCUGGUGAGAUUUUGCUCCGCAGAGACUGUUAGGAAGGAAUAUUUUACAGAAGAAACUUUGCCACCAAACUUCAGAGACUGAAAGUUGGAUGGAAUAAAAAAUUGCAGCAAACUUUGCAAACACACUCUUACUUAGUAAGCGCGUUUAUCUUGGGAUUUAGAAGGACCAACAUGUGGAUGACAAUAGCAGCACAGCAUUUAUUUCGUUAAAAACUUGAAAUAGCAACACAGCAUAUUAAUUUUUUUUUGGUCAUCUCAAUUCUUCUGAAUAUUCGACGUUAGCGGUCAUACAAUUGGAUAAUAGUUUAGUAUAAUAUUGUGCUAGAAAUAGAAGAGAUGGGAAAUACAUAUAAUUUAGUUCGAA